CACCCAAUCCCUGAGGUAUGCAUGUAUUCAACGUCUGUGCGGUGUGUAUAAAAGGUGCAGUAUCAUCAUCACCACAGAAAACUGAUCCACAGUACUUACCUGAUCAUCAUUAUGAAGCCGAUCCUUUCUCUGACUCUCAUCUGGGCGCUCUCCAGCACAGCUGGAGCACUUCUGUGUCAAACCUGCACAAAUCCAGACUGUUCAACCACAGAACUAUUAACAUGUCUGACAGAGACCAUGUGUGCGACAGCUUCGAUUCAAAACACUUCAGUUGGAGUUACAGUCUCACAAAUCGUCAAGGCGUGUGCACCAUCCUCCGUGUGUCCAGCUACAGGCUCUCGGACAUUUUCAUUUAACACGGGUGUUGUGAGAGUAAUUGCAUCUUUUCAGUGCUGCAACACAGAUAACUGCAACACAGAAACUCUACCUUCCCCUGGUCCUCAGCCAAACAGCCUAAAGUGUUUCACUUGUAACCCCUUCACCUCUCAAUGCAACUCUAAAUUAGAUUGUCAGGGAGUGGAGGACCGCUGCGUAAAAUUUAAUGUGACGAAUGGAGCCACUAAUUCUUCAGUCUUUGGCUGUGCAUCUGCAAACCUGUGUACGCUUACUGCCAAACAGAGUUUCCUACCUUCCUUGCAAAGUGUUGGUAACAUCACCAGUGGACCAUUCUGUUGUGGGACCAGUUUGUGUAAUGCUGUUACAACAAUUGCCAGUGACGCCGGCUGUAUGAGUCUGCUGCUCGGAGUCCUCAUCUUUACCCUCCGUUUUUUUGAAGCCUGAUUUUGGGUUUACUGCUCACUUACAUGUGAAGUUGGCAGUUAGUGGGGCUAGAAAAUCCAAAUUAGGAAAUCAGGGAUGGAGUCUGGAUGAAGCUGAGGUGGGACUCAAAGGCAGCAAUGAAAUAGACACACAAACUACCUUUUUCAUGGCUUUAAUUUACUGGGUACAUAAUCAAAAUAAAUAAUAGAGUUUUUAAUCAAACCUAAUUGAAUUCUGUAUAAAUUAACUGUAUAACAGUAUAUUAAAGUUGAGAUUUUGUUGCAAAUUGUACAAUUAUAUUACUCCAUUUUAGAACAAUACAAAUAUUUGAUAUUAAUGUAAGACUCAAUAUGAGAAGGAAAAAAAUAUUUUUAUGUCAUUAUUGUACACAUCUUUAAUUAUUGUUAACCUUUUUUGUAUCUUAUUAUCAAUUUUAUAUUUAUGAUUUUUGAUAUGCAGUAUUACCUCUGUCUUUAUCUGUCUUAUAUUUUUAUUUACUAUGUUUAUUAUUAAGCACCAAAACACCAAAGCAAAUUCUUUGCAUGUGAACCGACUUACCAAUAAAGCUGACUUUAUUUAAAACAAAA